AUGUUUAGGACCACAAACAUCGUUUACCUCGCGUUAUUUUUACUCCUCUCUACGAAUCUUUCCCACAAGGGUAAGAGUUGUUUUUUGCUCUAUGAUGCCCGUGUGAGUUUCACCAACAAUCUUCCGCAAAACUCUAAGCCGCUCAAUUUGCAUUGCGCGUCAAAAAACGAUGACCUUGGAAAUCACACGGUCGGUUAUGGUGAGAGUUGGGGCUUCAAAUUCUGCGUGAACCCUUUUGCCACCUUAUUUUAUUGCGACCUUAAUUGGGGCGAUAAGUCCAUGUCCGUACAUGCUUUCGACGGCAAGUGGUAUAUAAGCGCGCACGAUCCUUGCGCUGGCAAUCGUGGAAAUAACUGUGCAUGGAAGGUAGACAGUGAUGGUGCUAAGUUACCAAAAGGAGAGGUUCAUCAUUGGGAAUAA